AUGGCCGUCGAAGGCGAUGCAGAAAACCAAACAAAUGUCAACGAAGAGACGCCUCUUCUCCCCGAGCAGCAGCAGCAGCAGCAGCAGCAGCAGCAGCUGGAUCAACAAUCCAACGAAGAAGAUGACGAGGAGCCAAAACGAACCUCGCAGACGAGCUGGUAUCUCUGGAGGAUAUUCUGGUUCAUCGUCGCAGCACUCGUCCUCGCUGUCUUCAUCAAAGGCUGGAUAGAUGCUGGUGGCGAUUUUGAUCUAAAACGUACGUUGAUGCGAGCUCUUGGGGGUGGCCUGAGUGGUGCUGCGGCUAUGGUUCUGCAAGUUUUGCUUCUUAUGCCGCUUCGCACGAUUAUGAAUUAUCAGUACCGCUUCGGGACUUCUUUCACUGCGGCGACGAGGACGCUUUAUCAAGAUGGAGGGCUAGGGCGAUAUUAUCAAGGCAUUGGAGCUGCAUUGAUUCAAGGACCUGUCUCAAGAUUCGGAGACACAGCAGCUAAUGCUGGAAUACUUGCUUUGUUGCAAUCGAAUUCUUACUUGAAAAACUUACCUUCACCUAUUAAGACGAUAUUUGCAUCGCUUUGUGCUGCCGCCUUCCGAAUGAUUCUCACCCCGAUCGACACUCUGAAGACCACACUUCAAGUGCAGGGUGCGAGUGGGACAGCCUUACUCCGCCAACGAAUCAAGACGAAUGGAAUCGGAAGUUUAUGGUGGGGUGCAAUUGCCACAGCAGCUGCAACUUUUGUUGGGCAUUACCCUUGGUUUGCGACUUACAAUUUUCUCAUGGAAAAUAUCCCCGAGCCACCUCAUCAUCCGCUGAUCGUAUGGCUACUCCGUCUGGCAUUCAUCGGAUUCGUCGCAUCUAUCGUUUCCGACUCAGUCUCCAAUUCCCUCAGAGUUUUGAAGACCUAUCGCCAGGUCAAUGACUCGAAAGUGUCAUAUUCCGAGGCUGCGAGAUUGGUGAUCCUGGAAGAUGGCAUUACAGGCCUGCUUGGACGUGGACUCAAGACCCGAAUCCUGUGCAAUGGACUUCAGGGAUUACUGUUCUCGAUUUUGUGGAAACUGUUCUUGGAUUUGUGA